CAGGUUUCCGAGGCUGUCGAGAACCAUUCUGAUCACUGUGAAUCUGAGGAGAAAGACAGUUCGGAGGAAGAACCUCCAGGGCAAAGCCAAGAUUAUCCCGAUGCACAACAUGAGUUAAAUAAAACUACUGUAGGUGGGGUACCAGCAAUAAGUGAAACAAAUUUAGCGUGCAAUUGGACUCCUUCACCUCAUUUUCUCCCUGAAGUCCACAUAGAAACAAAUAACAUUGAUCUUGAUGACUUAGGAAGACUAAUUCACACACCUGCUGAACCACAGCUCAAUACCAGUGCCAUUGACACGAUCCUGCAACUACAUACCCCACAGAUAAGGACUCACACACCUGGCUUCUGUCAAAAUUCUGAGCCCCACAGUAUAUUCUGUGAUACACAAGUGACAAGUGAAGCUGCAUCAGGGCUUAAAUCAAAGAUAAGUGACAUUUCGGCUGAGAUACCCGAAGUGAAAUGCAGUAGUUGUCUCUGCACACCCUCUGAGCAAAGUGCUGUUCAUUCAAGAAGUAGUCAGUCUGCAUUCGAUACAGCAUCUGAAACCUGUGGUAUUUCCUUGGACACACAAACAGCAACAAAUGAAUUAUUUUUUCCAACAACAUUGAGGGCAAAUGAAGUCUUUGAUGAAUUAAGUUCUGAAAAAUACAGUAAUUCUUUUGAAACAGAGACAGACCUGAAUGUAAUCUCGUCUUGGUCAGAAGCUCCCGCUGCUACUUUUCAUGAGAUACACGCAACCAGCAAUUGUCCUGAUUUGAUCAGGGACUCAAAUGAGAAUUUUCCAUAUAUACAAGAACAGAUUGAGAUUUCCCCUGAAGAAAAAGCAUUGCUAAGUAGAAUUCCUUUGGACAUUAACAUCGAGCCAACAUCCUCAGAAGCAGCAGAGCUGAAAAGAAAUUUGGGUAAACAAUCAGAGUCUGCUGUGAUUUGUCCUGGGCUGUAUCACACAGCAGACAUAAUUAAACCAGAUCCAGUUAAAACCUCUGCAACAAAGCCAGACUGGACAUCCUUGAAAAGUAAUCAAGUUUUAAGUGAAAUUCCCUUGGAAAUUAAUCAAGAUUCAACUGCCAUUUCUCCCAGAACAGAUGAGAUUCUUCCUCCAAUAGCAACAGAGUCAAUCUGGACUCCUUUGGAUGUGAAUCAAUAUCAAAGUGAAAUUCCAGUUGAAGUAGAAACAAAUCAAAGUGUGCCCUGUCCACAGCUAACUAAAUUUUCUGCUGAACACGCAUCAGAAUCAGAUGCCUUUUCUCUGGAUGUCAACCAAGAUCUAAAUGAAAUCCCAAGCAAAGGUAAAUUGGUCUCCAAUGAAAACUUGUCUGAGACCAGUGAUGUUUCAAAUGGAAGUUUAGCAGCGUCAUCCUGGAUUUCUCUGAAUGCAAAUCAAAGUCCAAGUGGAACGUUUUCUGAUGUGCAGUCAAAUUCCUCUGGAAUUGAUACUGAGAAAUUUGAGGUUUCUGCUGGAUUAAAGUCAGCCCGGUCUUCUGCAGGCAUAGAUCAAGAUCAAAGAGAAAUCCCUGCCGAUAGAGAACCAGAUUUCAUUCAGACGGUAUCUGGGACAAGUGAUAUUUGUGGAGGAUUUGAAUCUAACCCAAUCUUGCCUUCUCUGGAUAGAAAUCAGGAUGUAAGUGAAAUUCCUGUAGAGGUUGAACCACAUGCUGCGAAAGGUUCUGUCCGGACAAGUGAGAUUAAUGGUAGAAUUAUCUCAGAGUCAGUCUGGGCUCUGUGGGAUACCACCCCAGAUCAAAGUGAAUUUGCUUCUCAAGUAAAGCCAGGUUUCAAUGCAGGAAGCCCUGAAGCAAGUGAAAUUAAAUCAGAGCCAACCUGGGCUUCACUGAACACAGAACGAGAUCUAGGUGAGAUCCCAUUUGAAACACAACCACUUCCUACUGCAGUCAGUCCUGAGACGAGUGUGGUUUCUGCUGGGAUUGUUUCAAAUUCAGUCUGGGUUCCUCUGGAUCCAGACCAAGAUCUGACUGAAUCCCCUUUAAAAGUAGAAUCAGCCCCCACUGCGGAGUGUCCUGACUCGAGGUCUGAAAUCAGUAAAAUCUCUGCCCCGAUAAAUUCAGCGGAAAAUAUUUCUUCCCUCUUAGAAAGAAGCUCCCCAAAGAUAGAAACAAAUUUUGCCCUAAAUUACAUAGUGGCCAAAUCUGAGUCCAUUGAAAUUUCUCCUGAGAAUGAUCAAACAAUCAAUGGAACAAAUCUUGACACAGAAUUUAGGGCACCUGAAGGAAAUCCUGACCAACAUGAACAUGUUAUAGAAAAUCGGGUAGAAAUAAUCAGGGAUUUUCAGCACUCAAGUGGAUACACAGCCUUUAGUGAAAUCUAUGAAACUGCCACUGUCAUUUACAGUGAAAUAGAUCAAGACCCAAGCGAAAUUUCUGUAGAGGUAAAUGACAGCGUAAGUGACAAUAUUUCUGAAAUAAGUACAGAGGCUUGGCAUAAAUCACUUGAAAUAGAAUUAGAUCCAACUGAAAUUACUCAUGAAGCAGUCAAAGAGAAGUUAGAAACUGAGCAACUGUUAUAUGAUUCCGAUGUUGUAGAAUGCAUACAAAGCAGCAGUGCCACAGCAGAAGCAAGAUCAAUUGAAACCAAGUUUGAGACAACAGCAGGAAUCUCUCUCGAGGCAAGAUCAGGAAUAAAUGAAGAAGCAUUUCCAAGAACAACAAGGACGAAUUGUAGAUCCACAAAAAGUCAAAUUGUAAAUUCCCAAGAGGAAGAAUUAAAUCUCAUCCAGAGUUCUCCAGAAAUCCAAAUAGAAUCACAAGAGGAUUUUGUUGAGGAUAAACAAGGGGAGAUCAUUGACUCACUACCAACAGAAGCAGAAGAACAUAAAAAUUUUCUUGACAGAGACCUUGAGACAAUUGAAUCAAGUAAGAAGGAUAAUGAAGUACCAGAUCUAGAUUACAGUUCGUCACCAACAGCGCUAGAGGACAACAUUCUAGAAAUACAACCACAUGACACUGAUCCUAGAAAACAUAGUAAAACCUACACAUCUUCAGUCAACACAGAGAGUUGUGUGGGUACAUGCUUAGGUAGUGAGGGCUAUAUUCCCAAGACAAGACCCGAGGUUAUAAUUGACAGGACAAUAGGAGUAGGUGAGGUCUAUCCAGAAGACACGAGUGACGAAAGUGAAACUUCUAUUCAAUUCGCUAAUCAGGAGUGUGAUUUUCCACUUGAGCUUUUUAAACAAUCUUUUAAUCAUUGCACAGGAACUAGUUUAGAAGCAGAUGUAUUGUGCUCUUCAUUCAGAGAGAUUACAAAGCAAAACUUAAACAUACAAAAUGCUUCUCACGAAGAAGUAAGCAAAAAUAAGAUUUCUCCUCAAAAUAAUAUAGAACCAAGGGAGGCAUACUUUGUUUUAACAUCUCAGCAAGGGGAAGUUUCCACUGAAGGCUUAUUAGUUUCACAUGAUAUUACUUCUCAACAAUUGGGCAGCACAAUAGAGGCAGCUAAAAAAGAAACUACAACUGACAUUGAGUUCGUGCCAACCCUCCCCCUUGAUCAGGCAGCAUCAGGGGACAAUAAUACAGCUCCUAAAAGUGGUACAGGAAAUAAUCACAUUUACAUCGUUGAUGUUGGGCUGAAGACCAGGGACCUUCCUUUGGAGGAAACUUCCGGAGACACUGGAAUUUUGAUCAGAAAUCAAUACAAGAAAUCUACGGCCUUUUCAGCAGAGGCAGGUACUCUGCAAGGUGAAAGCAAUGAAAGGAUGGAUUAUAACAACGUGCUAGAUGAAGAGCUGUACAGAAGUGAGAAUGGAAGCCAAGAGACAAUAAAGUUGAAUGCUGAAUCCAGCGAUAUUCCACACAUUUAUGAAACUGAUGGUAACAGCACGACUAGCGAUGAAACCGAUGAAAAUGCUUAUCCAUUUGGAAGUAACAGCAGUCUUCACAAGGCUCUACAGAAACAGACCAACAAUAAAGGAGACGAUAGAUUUGGGUCUUUAUCCUCAUUAAACUCUUUCAGCUCACCUUUCAAAAACUCCAAAUUUUCAGUUUUCACCAAAAUGGCAUCAUUCAGGAAAAGCAAAGCCUCAAGUCAAGAGCAUCAGACCGAAAGCAACAGCAGGGAUGGAAAUCAAAGUCAACAUGUCAAAAAUGCAAAUGGGAGUAAAACACAAACAAAGGGAAACACCAUUGGUGCUCCGGUGUAUAAAGUACAUAACCCUAAUUAUAAAGCUCACCUGCCUUAUCACUUCAGAAGUAGUGGCAAGAGUGAAUCCCCUACGUUUGAUGGCUCAGAUGAUGAUGAUGAGGUUUUUGAAAGGAGUAGCCAGGCGAGUCAAACUAUGAAGUCUGCACUCUGCUCAGACAGAUUACGGGAAGUAGAGGAUAUCGAAGAGGUUCAGAGGGUGGCAGAAAAUGGCCGACAUUUCCAUAGCAAGAGCACAGACUCCAUGGAAGGUGAUGACAGUAAUGCUGAGGAGCAAAACAUCAAAAUACCUCCCAUGACAGAAAAGAGGUGCAAAAAGAGCAAAAGUUCUGAUAGCCUUAAUCUUAGAAUGAAAAGAGCCUUUGCCAAUAAAUCACUUUCUGUAUUUUUUGAAACUAAAUCUGGUGACAAAGAAAAUGCAAACCAAAAUUCUAAAUCUAGUAAGAAAAAUGAUGGUGAUGAAGGAAAGUCAAAACAUUUAUCCUGGAGAAAAUUCAUGAAACUGAGUGAAUCAGAAUCCACAAAGAUACCAAUGAACACUUCACAUUCACCUAGUGAAAAUCAAGCCAUAAGGACACAGUCGCAAGUACAUAGUGAAUAUGCAAGGAGGAUAUCUAUGGAACAGGUAGAAAAUACUUCUUUAUCAGUAGCUUCAUCUCCCUCGUCGCCUGGUACCCCAAGUAAAGCUCAGCUUUCUGAUAGCUCUGGUGAACAGGAUGAUGCUCCAAAGUUAAUGGGUCAAAGGCUUAGAAGGACAUCACCUAAUGAAUUAAGACUUAAAUUGACAUUUGACAAUUGCAUAGAAACUGACGAUGUUUUCAAAACUUCACCAAAUCAAUCCACUCCAAAUGCAUUAUUGAAUCAGUUAAGCCCAACGUGGAAUAGACCUGGUGUGAUUUCAGAAUAUUUUGAUGCCACUUUCCCUGCAAGACCAAUGAGUCCGAAACCCAUGAGUCCCAGGUCAAGUUUCCGGAGAAGCUUUCGCUCCAGCAACAGAGCGAGUACAUCAUCCUGGACUUCUCUUGACUCUAGUAAAACAACAGAUGGAGUGUUAGAAGGACCUGAAAGGCCAACAGUAUUGAAACCAAGAGGCAAUCUUCUUCUUUCUGUACAAUCGCUGAAUUAUGAAUGUCAGAAAGAAGACAGUGGCAUUAGCAGUCACUCGCAGACAAGUCUAAAUACAACUUCUUCAACCAUUGAUAUUGGCAAAGAGGAGGAAGUAAGUAAGCAUCCAACCCAAACAACACAAGAGAGGAACUCGACCAUGCCAACAGUCCUGCGAAGCCACAACCAGAUGCACCCACGCCAGAGACCUUUCUCAGACUUUGGACAAGUGGCCUGGUUAUUUGAUCGUGCUGAAGGGAAAUGUAAACUAGAUAGUGAGGAUGAAAUAGAGGAGAUAUCUAUAUCGCCUUAUAAACGCUGCAACUCAGAUGAAUUGUUGUUGGAAGAAGCAAGGAAGAGACGGAGAAAGUUGAUUGCAGAGCUUGAGAACCACAGAACCAGACAUGGCAGGAGCAUUGCUGAGGUUCACAAUGAAGUUGGAAGGAGGUUUUCCUUUCUAUCUCCUCUCUCUUCUACCUUCAAAGACAUUCCUCUGAGAUUUCUUACAUUCUCCCAGAGCACACCAACAGGACUCGACUGUAUCGGGUAUAAGCGGUGGAUGGCAACUCCUGUAAUCAACGAUGGCGCACCGGAUAAGACUGCUUUUGCUGAUGAAGCUGGAAGUGAGGAGGAUUUGUACGAAGACUAUCGGAGUGGGAAUCAUCGCUAUGGACACCAAGGAGGAGGGGGAGAACAACUGGCCAUCAAUGAGCUCAUCAGCGAUGGCAGUGUGGUGUAUGCAGAGGCUCUCUGGGACCAUGUCACUAUGGAUGUCCAGGAGCUGGGCUUCAAGGCUGGUGAUGUCAUUGAAGUAGUGGAUGCUACCAACAAAGAGUGGUGGUGGGGCAGGAUCGCGGACAGUGAAGGCUGGUUCCCUGCCAGCUUUGUACGGUUGUGGGUCAACCAGGAUGAGCCCAUGGAAGAAUACCCAGUCAGGGUCGAGGACGGAAAACCUGAAGAUGCCAACAGUGCCAACCGUCGACUGGCCACAGGCCAAUCAAAGAAAGACCAGAUGCGAACCAAUGUUAUCAGUGAGAUUAUGAGCACUGAGAAUGAUUAUAUCAAACAUUUAAAGGAUAUCUGUGAGGGUUAUGUUAAGCAGUGCCGAAAAAGGACAGACAUGUUCACAGAGGAGCAGUUAAGGACCAUCUUUGGGAACAUUGAAGACAUUUACAAAUUCCAGAAGAAAUUUCUUAAAGGUCUGGAGAAGAAGUUCAAUAAAGAUCAGCCCCACCUGAGUGAGAUUGGUUCCUGCUUCCUUGAAUAUCAGACAGAUUUCCAGAUAUACUCCGAGUACUGCAACAACCAUCCUAACGCUUACACCGAGCUCUCCAAACUCAUGAAGAUCAACAAGUACGUGUACUUUUUCGAGGCAUGUCGGCUGCUUCAGAAGAUGAUCGACAUCUCACUGGAUGGCUUUCUGCUCACACCAGUCCAGAAGAUCUGCAAAUACCCACUUCAGUUGGCAGAGUUGCUCAAGUACACCAAUCCAGAGCACAGAGAUUACAAUGAUGUGGAGGCUGCAUUGAAUGCCAUGAAGAACGUUGCCAAAUUGAUUAAUGAGCGCAAGAGGCGGCUGGAAAACCUCGACAAAAUUGCCCAAUGGCAAAGUUCAAUUGAGAACUGGGAGGGUGAAGAUGUUUUGGCUCGAAGCUCAGAGCUCAUCCAUUCUGGUGAAUUAACAAAAGUCUCCCAACCUCAAGCCAAGAGCAAACAGCGAAUUUUUUUCCUCUUUGACCAUCAGGUGGUCUUUUGCAAGAAGGACCUCCUGCGUCGUGACAUCUUAUACUACAAGAGCAGGAUAGACACAGACAGCAUGGAAGUCGUAGAUGUCGAAGAUGGGAAGGACAAGGACUUCAACAUCAGUGUCAAGAACGCUUUCAAACUUCAAAACAAGUUCACUAAUGAAGUACACUUGUUCUGUGCAAAGAAAUCAUCAGUCAAAGAACGUUGGCUUCAAGCCUUUGAAAAUGAACGAAAACAGGUUCAACUUGAUAAAGAGACAGGCUUUGCUAUCACAGAAGUUCAAAAGAAACAGGCCAUGAUGAAUGCAAAAAAAUCACAUCCGACUGGGAAGCCUAAAGCUGUCACCAGGCCUUACUACGACUUUCUGACGUUGCGGCAAAAACAUCCGAUGAUGCCCUCAACCAUCCCCCAACAGCAGGUCUACAUGCUGGCUGAGCCCAAACGCAAACCAUCCAAUUUUUGGCAGAACAUUGGAAGACUGACACCAUUCAAGAAGUGAAAGGACAGCUCAUUGAACGUGACUUAAUGCCUUUCCAAGGGAGCACUUUAGCGACUGGUUGCAAUCAGCAUCAACUUCUGCUCUGUGCAUGUGUGCACGCUCCAAUUCAAACUAUGUGUACUACUACAUGACAGCAGUCUCCUCCCUGGAAGGAGAUGAGAUUUCCUAAUUCAGUAACUUUUCUGCUGAGCGCACAUCACCGUGAUCUGACCAGCAAGAGUGCGAGCAGAAGAGUUUCCUCCAUGUAUGCUCACAUCAAUAACUACAGUCAAGCUCAAUGUUCUCACUGAAUCCAAAAGAAUCCACGUUUGUCCCAUUUUGUUUCGAGUGGAAAGCAUUGAGAGUUUUAAAAACCUAUACAGGAAGGGUAUUUUUUUUACUGAACAGUUUACUAUAUAUGUAAGGCUGUGCAAGCAUCAGGAAACAGAAAAAAACUCUACAGUAAACAAGCAAGUUUCCAGAGGUGUCUCUCUUGCAGCAGUUUGGCCUUCUGUACUUUCACUGGAAUGAAGCACUGUGUGCCUAUAUGCAAGGGAUGCAAAUUAUUAUUUAAAAUUGUUGGUGUUGCUGGGCUACAGCCUGAGUUGGUGCCAGCAAUGUAGAAACUGAAACAGCAUCUACAAUUGAACAGUGGGUCUACAAUCGUUCCUUUCAUUUCUGAUACCCAGGAUUUAACCCGAGACAGAUGGACAGGGUGAACAUCUCUUCCCUUUUCCAUCUGAACAAAACCUGGUGAUGCAGUGAAGUUGACACUGCACUCAGUUGGCACUGAAAUAAUGAGUGCGUUUGGUCCCCUCCUCACAUAUUUACAGUAUUACCUUGAUCACAAGAUAAAUGAUCAGGUUGAAUUUAACCAGUUUAUAAGAGGAGAGAGUAACAAGCCAAAUUGUUAUGUGCUAAUGUUUAUAAAUGAAUUGUGUAAAUAUUAACAAAAUGAUUUAUUUAUGUAGAUUGAAUUUAUUGUACUUGUUCUUGCUGUCUGGCUUCUCCAAAUUCUCUCCAGUACAAAUGCCUUAUUAAGGAAUGCACUUAUCCAAUUGCUUGUUUGUUUUUUUUAACCCCCUGAUGUGGAAGCAAUUUUACUUCAGAAUAAUUAACAUCUUUUUCCAAGACUAAUGUAAAAGGGCUUUUUGAGAAACAGAAUGACAUUAGUCAUUUGAUUGGUGGUGGAUUGGGUGAUGUCGUUCCACAAUUUACUGUCCUGCAUUCGAGUUAGAUUUCCUGCAGAUAAACUUUAUUGAAUGAAUUAUCAACUCAGAUGUGGAUGGUAAAUGAAUACAAUGAACUGCACUUGAAUCAAUGUGGGCAGUGGAAUUUGCAGUUAACCACAAGUCUGUAUUCUAAUGUUGCCAUGUUUUUCAGUGAACAUCACCAAUUUGUGUCAUAAAACCUGACAUACUAAAGCCAGGAAGAGCACAACAAACUAAGGGAAAUAUUUUGCAUUAUCCCUUCCAAUGUCAGUAUUGUUCAACUGCAUAAAUUUGACAAAAACACACAAUCUGUGUAGUCUGUAGCACAUUUGCAUAUAUGCAGAUGAAAUAUCAUGAUAUCCAAACAUGUUCUCAUCAAAAGGGAAGGAAAGUUAAGGGAAACAAAUCUUCACCUCCGCAUUAUAAAUAGAAAUUAAAUUAUUGACAUCCUGAUUAAACUUGUGUGCCCAAUUGUAGUACCAUCAUCCUUAUUCCAUUUCAGCAAAGGGUUAGUCCUGGGUUAGUCCCACUACCAGCAGUCUGGUCAACAGUUUCAAACUUGCAAACUUUGAUUGUUCAAAGUUAAAGCUGAGAGGUCAACUUUUGCCCACUGCUGGUGUGGACCACACAACUUACUUUCUUUUCAUUUGCAAUUAAACAACUCAGUGAGAGCACUGCUGUUGGUAAUAUGACAUGGGUAAUUAAAGAGGUUAGCUGGAGAAUAGGAUCGCCAGUAACUAGUAACAUCAGUAAUACUACAAAAAACACAAAUAUAAAUGCUAGCGUUGUUUUUCUAUGGUUCUCUCUUAAAGGUAAUUUAGUGAUAAAUCCCUCUCCCCUAUAUUGGUAGCAAAAAUACUCCCAGAUACAUCUGACCACAGUCCAAACAAUUCUGGAGUCUUGAUUCUAAUUCCCAUCAAAAGGCAGAUUGUCAACACAAUGCAAUUGCUGAAGUAUUUCAGUCAACAGUAAAAGAAGGAAAUAGGAGAAAGUGAGGACUGCAGAUGCUGGAGAGUCAGAGUUGAAAAGUGUGGUGCUGGAAAAUCACA